AUGCCAUCGCCGUACCAGGAUGAUACUCACAUCGGUUUCUACGCAUCUGUCGUCGGUGCCAGCGAAGGAAAGACUACACUGGCUCUCCAAUUUGAUAAUAAGACCGACCUGGCCACUGCCGGUUACAUCGUCGAGGACGAAGCCAACACGAUGACUUUCUACGGAAGCAGCCGCUUCGAAAGUGUCACAACGACUACUGAAGUCUUCGAUGGACCCGCACUCACCAUUGGGUACGGUUGUCAAGGGACGAGCGCUCGGGGUGGCGCCAGUGUUGGCGCGUUGUGCCGCUUUGCGUCCGAAGGUCCAGCAGUAUACUCGAGUGUAUGCGAGCGGUACUCCGACUACUCCGACAUCUACACCAGCACCCAGGAAAUCGCAUACGGCGAUGACUAUACCGUCACUGAGACCACUAUCAUCGACUACCGGACCCGAAUUCCUUCAUACUGCAAGUCCGGUUCGACGCUGCCAGAGAGCGUAGUCGCGCACACAUAUGCGAUCGAGCAGGAGGAGAUUGCCACGUACCAGGUCGUCAUCACAGCUGGUGCGGAGAAACUGAGCGCUACGGCGGGGGCGAUGCCAUCGAACAGUGGACCUGUGCCCACCGGGACGGGCGCCUUCACGCUGCACAAGGGCCAGAAUGUUGUUCCGACGGAAACAGGAAGUGCAGCGCCAGUGCAAGAGACGGGUGCCGCAGGAAUGAACUUACCGCUCCAUCCUGCUCUCGCAGGUUUGGGCGCUGCUGCUGUGGCUUUCUUACUAUAA